GAGAGAGAGAGAGAGAAGACCUUAGUAACAUCACCACAAAAUCCCUAAUUUCCUUCAAUAUUCUACAAGGGAUGUCUGCUCCGUAUGGGUAUAUGGGAGGAAUGAUGAAUGGUCCGCCCCCAAUGCCGCCGAUGCCCCCCGGCCCUCCUCCGUGUACCACCAUGGCCAAUCCCGCCCCGUCGACCAGUCAGGGACCACCCAACAUGGCCAUGGGCGGGAUGAUGGCCCCACCUCCUCCACCGGGGACCACGGGACCUCCAGGACCGCCCCCGCCACCUCCCGGAGGACCAGUCAUGCCCGCAGACUACCCAAAUGGAGGACUGAUUACAGGUAUGAUGGGCCCUGGUCCUAUGGGGAUGGGGCCCGGGAUGGGACCAGCGAUGGGCCCCGGGAUGAUGGGCCCCAUGCAGGUGACGGUCAACCCCGCGACCAACGACGCCCCGCUGGAGUUCAACACCAACAAGAACAAACCUCCCAUGCCCGUAGCAGCUAAUAACGGCGAGAUAGUGGACAACAGCAUCCAGGAGUCGCCGAUCAUCGUGGAGGAGAGGCGUGAGAGAGACAGGGAGAGAGACCGCGACCGGGACAGAGACCACGGGAGAGACAGAGACAGAGACCGGGAGAGAUCUCGUGGUAGAGACCGGGAUCGUGACCGCGACCGUGACCGUGAACGGGACAGGGACUGUGACAGAGACCGGGAGAGAGACCGAGAAAGACAGGAUCGGGACAGAGACCGAGACCGCCGACGAGACCGACCCCGAAAGGACGGCGGUGGAAGUGGUCGCAGUAGUGUGGACAGCAUGCCUGCGGGGAACGGUAACACACAGGUGCAGGCCAUGGAUGGUAACAACCAGUCUGGCUCUGGCUUUGGCCCCAUGGGUCCAGGACCAGGACCAUGGGGACCCAUGUGGGGCCCUGCUGGAGGACCUAUGGGUCCAUUGGGGCCUAUGGGACCAAUGGGAGGCCCAAUGGGACCAAUGGGACCAAUGGGUGGACCUAUGGGGCCCAUGGGACCAAUGGGGCCAAUGGGACCACCAGGUGAAGGUCCCCCUAUGGUGAGUGUUGACGAGAGCGGCGACUUCCGGAUCACUUGGGGAAUGUUUGGCUGGAUGAUGUCCCCCGAGGGCCUCACCGUGCCCAUGAAGAAUCCUCUCCACUGUAAAACCUGCGUCCUGGUGCCGCCCAACCGCCUCGCCCCUCCACCUACCACGAGAGAACGACCGUUAGGCUGUAGGACUAUCUUUGUUGGCGGCCUACCAGAGAACGUAACAGAGGAGAUUGUCCGUGACGUCUUCGAGCGCUGUGGAGAAAUCACCACCAUUAGACUGAGCAAAAAGAAUUUCUGCCACAUAAGAUAUGAACUGGAAGAGUUUGUGGACAAUGCCAUCUUCCUGUCAGGAUACAGAAUGCGGAUUAAUAACAGCACGGAGGCGGCCAACACGGGUCGUCUACAUGUGGAUUACGCCCAGGCCAGAGACGAUCAUUCACGGCCAAGAUUUGAUGAACUUCCAAAUGACAGAUAUGAAUGGGAGUGUCGACAGAGGCAGCUACAGCGGGAACAGCGUCACCGCGAGCGCAUCGAAGCGGAAAGAUUACGUCCGCCGUCCCCUCCGCCCGUAGUCCAUUAUUCCGAACACGAAGCGACUCUCAUCGCCGAACAGCUAAAAGACACAGGCGAUGAUACCUUCUCCAAGGCUGCCCAAAUUCUGAUCACCUGGCUGGAGCGAGGCGACUGCAGCAAGCGUAACGCCGGCACCUUCUACGGCAUGAUACAGUCCACCAACUCCCACGUGCGGCGGCUGAUGACCGAGAAGGGACAGUACGAAGAGGAGCUGGCAAAGUUCCGGGAACAGACGCGGGCCAGGAUGCAGGGCGUCAUAAUGCAGUUCGGUCAGAUCGAGCGUGUCUUCCUGUCAGCCGGUCACCAGAAGGUCUGGGACCACUUCACCAAGGCCCAGAGGCGCAACAUUGAGAUGUGGAAGAAGCAGGCCGAGGAGAUCAAGGAAAUCCAGCUGGAUGAAUCUGACAAAGAAGACGCUGAAGAAAUGGACGUCUCUGAUGAAGAGGACUGUGUACCGCCUGCCAGGAAGAAGAUGAGACAGACUGAAUACCUUAAGGAGGAGAAUGACAGCUUAAGGUGUCAGAUGGAGGCGUACAAAAAUGAGGUCGAUCUCAUCAAAGCAGAUCUGAAGGCCGAGGUGACAGCGAGAGACGACCAGAUUGAAGCCUUUAAGAAAACCUUACAAGGGAUGCAACAGACCCUCUCGGAAAAUGCCGUCCGUAAGCGCCAAGAUGACGCAAAGAUGGCAGAGCUGCACGCCAAGUUGAAAAAGCUGAGGGAACAAGUGGGAGGCAACGCUGAGGGUGAGGAAGACGUCAAGGAUGAAUCCGAGGACUUACUCGCUAUUCCUACCGCACCGCUCACCGACAAGACAGCUCGACUCAAUGGUCUCACGUCUACGUUCCUACACAUACACCCAAAAGGAGCGAGCGUCGACUACAUUUGGUCUUUCAUCCAACAGUUUGAUAAAGAAAUCCGUCCUUCAGACAUCGAGUCCAUGCUGAAUCAGUUCCCCACCGUUUACAAGCAGAUUACCACGGGUGUCGGUGCCUGUCUAGAACGCAAGUGGAUCUUCACCGGAUUUGAUUGUGGGACGUAGGAGAUUUAACCGUAAUAAGUCAGCUCGUGCCACGGUCUUAAUAUCAAAGUUUCUUAAAAAAUGUUGAUACAAUUUUCACUUUUAAUAAUAAUUAAAGAGUGAUAACAGGGUGUUCAUAGUUGAUGCAAGACUUGUUUUUGGGAGCUGUAUGUAUGUAUGUCUGUGUAAAGAAGGCAUUAAUUGUGUGUGUAUCUUCCUGAAAAUUAGUGCCAUGCCUAAGGUGAACUCCUGAAAUUAAAAAUGUUAAAAUAUAUCAGUUGUAUUGGCUAGACAUGUCAUACCAAUACAUUAAUUUUGUACAUUUUUAUGGGUCAGUUCAGGAGUUCAAAGUUAUGACACUAAUUUUUUAGAUCGAUAGACACACUACAAAAAUUUCCCCGAUACGCACACACACAACUUCCAGAAUGAGUGUUGUGUGAACAUUAACUCCCUGAUAUGAUCUCAUAGUCUCACAUACAAUAACUGGUGUCACAUGUUUGUAAUCCUGUUCAACAACAGUGCAUAUGUUUAGCCCACUGGGGUAAUCCUUUUCAUUAGAUUGUUUGUUGUUUCAUAAGUAACUACAUUAAUAGAGUUCAUUUGAAACUGACUGUAGAGUUUUAACAUGACUCAGUAGUGUUAUUGUACAGUAUAUGGCAGAACUACUUACUUGUUCAUACAUCAGAAGUAGGUGAUUAUAUUUUUGGCAUCUUGCACACCUGUCGGUGGUUGUCACACAGCGUUCUUCUUGUGGGGGGGGGGGGGUUCUUUUGGCCUGUCUUAAAAUAAAUGUCCAUAAAAAAAAAUUUCCAUUAAUCUUGGCUGACUUCUUGUGUCUUAAAGAUUGCCUUAGUGUUACUCUGAACUAAAAAUUACUUCACCAUCAAGAGUUUUCAUCAAAGAAAUUUCCAAAGUCAUGUUAAUUGUAAGUUUUCGAACAUAAACUGAGGCCAAAAAGACACCUUGGAGAAGACAGCUGUGGGGGUUCAAGACACACAUACACUCAUAUCACGGCAAAAAGUUCACGACAAAACAGAUUUAUAGGGAAUUUAUGUAUUCUUGUGAUACUAAAGAGUGCAAGGCAAGUUAUAGGAAUAAAUUUAUAUAAUUGUUAAGGGAAUAAAAUUAGGACAAAAGUGAAGCAAAUCUCCACUUAUGUACAAGUAAUUGAUCACCUGAACACUAGACAACCCAGCUUAUUUCACCUGAUGAUUAAACACCUUUAGGUAGUGUAGUGCAGGGUGUUUGAGCUACACCAUCAGAGUGAAAUAAGAUGGGAUGCCUAAUCUUCAGGUGAUCUUAAGUAAACUAUACAGUACCUAAAGAAAAUUGAGUUAAUUAUAUUUUUUGUGGCAAGACGAAAAGUUUGGGGAGUUUUGUUGUUGUAAUCUAGAUGACCGACCGCCCUUGUGAUAGGCUACUAAGAGCUUUCACUAUGUAAGUAUUGUUAGUUGUCCUCUGGUAGUUGAGAUGUGAGACUGUAUAGUACAGUAGUAGUGUACUCUUGUCAUGGAUGUACAGUACAUCAUAAAUUUUGACAGUUUUUGGAUUAUAUUUCUAAGACUUAAGAAAUAUGCGUGUUUCAUGUCUCAUCUUUUAAGAACAUUAAGAUUUGAUUAUAUAUACAAGGUAUAUAUAUUUAUUUAUUUUUACCACAAUUAAUUUUUUAAAUGAACCAAUGAAUUUUUUGUGAAUUUUGUUUAAUUUACAAGAUAUUUAUUACUUGUACUGAUUUGACUUUAUGAAAAACAACUCUAGGUCAGUUUGGGUAACAGGAAACACACACAUAUUUUUGUUCAGCAUAAAAGAUGUAAAUGACAACAUUAGUGUUUGAAGCAACAUCUUCUGCUACCUGUUGUUGUUGUCAGUGAUAUAAGCUGUAACUAUUGGAUUUAAAUAUGAAUAGUGAGAAAUAGCCUUCACAUUGUAGUAAUUUAAAACUAAAGACAUGGGUGAAAUAUUUUGGGAAGGUAAUUGAUUCCAGCCACAUUGCUGUUUGGUGAGAAAUGGCUAAUAAUGAAGAAUUUCUUUACUUAGGAGUCGGCAAACUAUAGAAUCCUGUUUUAAGACGUGCCAAUGUGUCCAGUCAAGUAAAAUUGCUUUAAUAACCCAAUUGGCCGUGUAAUAAUUGAUGGUGUUUGAUUAUGUGAAUGUAGCGUGAAUCUUUAGAGUGCAGAAUACAAGAGAGAGAGAGAGAGAGAGAGCUCCCAGACUACUUACAUAUACAGGAUAUAUUGUAUUAUGUUAUGUACUGCACAAAUGCACUGGAAAUUUUUAUUUAAGAUUUGUCUGGUCACUGGGGGGGAGGGGGGGGGGUGUCUCUUCCUUCUCAUAGUUUUGUAAUUAAUUCCCCUUUACCCAACUUCUACUUACUGUACAGUAUAUUGUUCCUGAGUUUGUUGUGUCUUUAUGUUUGUCCGUCAUCAAAAACUUCACUGAUGAUAUUCAGUGAGUAUUAUUAACUGACUUAACAUACAGAUUUGGAGAGAACAAGUGAGAGAAGGUUUGCUAAUGUUGGAUAUCUCACAUACCUGUUGAUCAUUUUAUAUAUGUACAUAUAAAUAAAAAACUUGGGAUUCAAGAUAA